AUGGGCGCGGAAGACACCAAACUGAAUCUGGAGACAGUUCGAUUAUUCAAGAGGGAUGUCCAGGAGGCAUUGGAAAGGGAAAGCCGAGGAAGGGCUGGUAGACAGACCGAAAAACGAAGUGCAGUGACAGCGACUCCACGAGCAACAAAUACGUCCGAUGUUUUCGGAAUAUUGGACGGAUUGACACCCAAUGGCCCUGGCCGAACUCCAACUGGUAUGAAUAGUUCGACGAAACGCAGAUCAGACUUCGGAUCUCCUUCACUUUUGAAGGUCGGAAAGACCGAUUAUAAUCAGUCUCCAAAUAUGAAACCCGCUGCAAGCAGAUCGGUGCCUUUCGCAGAAAGAACCAAUCCCGGACAGAUAAUAGAGACCCUCAAUGCGCAUUUAUCUAUGCCUGAGACCCUAAUGGCACCCUUUUCAGAAGCUAGGAUAAAGCCCACUGCGAACACGGACCUCAAGAAGUUUGGGUAUAAGCCUAUGGCGAUGCGGGUUUCUGAAGCCUCGGAAAUUUUGGACGACCGGAUCGAUGAGUUUACCGAAAUUUACCAGCAAGAAUAUGAAACGGACGAUGUCAACUUUGGCAGCGCCGCUAUCCAGAGCACAAGCGAGAUCAUUGCCGUUGGACGUAUCGCUUCAGACAGCUUGGAAGGGAAGCUGAAUCCCGCGUCACUUGUUCUUGAGACCUCCAGACGGACAGGCGCUGGUCUACGUGUACCACUGAACUUGGAUUCCAUACCGUCGGCGAAUUUUUUCCCUGGACAAAUAGUUGCGCUGAGGGGGAUCAAUGCCUCAGGGAACUAUUUCUCCGUCAAGGAGGUGUUGCCUCCUCCCCUGCUACCACCUGCGGCGUCUUCUCCAGUUUCUGUGGACACUAUCAAUCAGAGGCUAGAGCAAGCCGGCUCUCCCUCACCAUUGAAUGUGUUGAUCGCGUCUGGACCAUACACGGCGGAUGACAAUCUCGCUUUCGAGCCGCUACACGAGAUCUGUCAGAAAGCCGCUGAGACCUACGCGGACAGCCUUGUACUGAUGGGCCCUUUCCUGGAUAUUGAGCAUCCACUGCUGGCGUCAGGGGACUUUGACCUCCCCGAAAUGGAGGGAUUUGACCCCGACACUGCCACAUUGGCAACCGUGUUCAGGCACUUCAUAACAGUGCCGCUACAGAAACUCGUCGCUGCUGUGCCCAGCAUUACGAUUGUGAUGAUACCGUCCGUUCGGGAUGCGUUGAGCAAGCACGUCUCCUGGCCGCAGGAGCAGUUAUCGAAGAAAGAGCUCGGUUUACCGAAACAGGUCCGGAUGGUAUCCAACCCCGUGACGUUGUCCUUCAACGAGACCGUCAUUGGUAUGUGCUCGUAUGACGUGCUAUAUGAUUUACGACGAGAGGAAGUCCUGCACGGCAAACCCAAAGAAGGCAGUCUCCUGACUCGGCUGCCCAAAUACCUAAUAGAACAAAGGCAUUUCCUCCCCAUGUUCCCUCCCUCUUCCCGCGAGAAUCUUCCCAAACCAGCAACUGAAAACGGUGUUGCGACGGGAGCCAUGUUAGACCUCAGCUAUUCCAAGCUAGGAGAGUGGUGGAAUGUACGACCAGACGUGUUAAUCACCCCGAGUCUACUCCCCCCAUUUGUGAAGGUAUUUCCCCAGUGUCUUGUGCUGUCGCUCUUUAUUCUAACAUCGGUCGCCCAGGUCGUCGACAGCGUCCUCGUGAUCAACCCCGGCACACUAUCCAAACGACGAGCAGCGGGGACAUAUGCACAGAUGGCGAUUCACCCACGCGUAAUAGCAGACGACGAACGAGAACAGAAACAGCUAAGUCAUAAGCUCUACGAACGGGCACGGGUGGACGUUAUUCGCAUAUAA